GCUGUCACCUUGCGGUCCGUGUGGGAGUGUGUUGUGGCUGUGAUGCGGUGUUGUGCUGCGAGGCGAGGAUAACAAAAAAACAGUGUGGUGGGGCCCUGCGAAAAGUUAUGUCUCUGGAAUCGCGUCCCAGCAAUUCGCUUUUCAAGCGAAAAGAGCAACUCAAGCGCUGGGAGGACUCCGAGACGAAUCGCGAGAGCGCCGAGCCUCCUUUGGACAAGUCGCCGCGGAUCAAGUUUAGCGAUGGGUGCGUGUUCCUCGCCGCCUGUGCCGCCGGGGACACGGCCGAAGUCGAGCGUUUGCUCGCCGCCGGUGCCGACAUCAACACAACCAACGUGGACGGGCUCACCGCGCUACAUCAGGCGUGCAUCGACGACAACAUGGCGAUGGUGGAGUUCCUCGUGGAGCGCGGGUGUGACCUCAACCUCGGCGACAACGAGGGCUGGACGCCGCUCCAUGCUACGGCCUCCUGUGGCUUUGUCAGCGUGGCCAGGUACCUGAUUGAGCAUGGAGCGGACGUCUCUCGAGUAAACAACGAUGGCGACCUUCCCAUCGACAUUGCCGAGUCCGAGGAGAUGGAGGAGCUGCUGCAAGCCGAGAUCGACAGGCUCAACGUGGACUGCGAGGCGGCUCGCAAUGAGGAGGAACGGCUAAUGCUGGAGGAUGCCAAGCAGAUGCUGAACAACAACCGGGUGCCGGACAAGGUGCAUCCCAAGACGGGCGCCACCUCCCUUCAUGUGGCGGCUGCCAAGGGCUACCUGAAGGUCAUGAGCGUGCUGAUCCAGGCCGGUGUGGACCUGAACGCCCAGGACGUGGAUGGCUGGACGCCCCUGCACGCUGCCGCACACUGGGGACAGAAGGCAGCCUGUCGCCUUCUCUGCGAGAACCUGGCCAACAUGGCGCUGCCCAACUACGUGGGCCAGACGUGCUUUGACCUGGCCGACCCCGAAGUCCUGCCCGUGCUGGAGGAGCUUCGCAAGAAGCAGGAUAGCAUGCAGAAGGAACGUCCCGAAAUCCAGGAGAUCCUGGAGCGAAAGGCGCAGCGGCCGCCGCCCCUCAAGCGCCGCACGUCUGUCACGCGCAUGAGCCUCGCCGACAAGAACAGCGUCGUGGUCAAGGACACUUCGGCCGAGCGCACCGCCAUUGAGUCACAACUCCUGCUCGCAAAGGUCGACGAAGAGGUCGAACGCAAGUCAGAGGAGCGGGAGAUCCAACUGCACCCGAGCUCACCCGAGGAGCGGCAGGUGGCCCGGAAGAACGAGGUGAACCGGGCGGUGAGCAACGCAUACCUGGACGCCGACACCGCGGCCGACAACAAGCCAAAGCCGCAGCCGGAGAAGGAAGAGGAAGUGACGCUGGCGCUGAGGCGACUGCGGCGGCCAAGUCCCGACAACGCGGAGCCGGUCUCUGCGGAGGUGACUGUCGCCCACCCCGGGCUGGCCCCGAGGACCGUCGAGUCACCGCCCGUCACCGUGGCAACCAUCACCAUCGACGACAAGAAGAAAGAGCCCUCACCGCCCGCGGAAAUCGUCACACUUCGGAAACCGCUUCGGGUCAGCGCCGACAGCGGGGUCACGGAGGUCACGAGCUCCGCGCCUUCCACGCCGCCCACCGACAACACUCCGAAAAGGACUUUCGUGCUGCCAGUACGGGAUGAGGAAUCUGAAACGCAGCGGAAAGCCCAUGCCAAGAGAGUACGAGAGACGAGACGGUCGACGCAGGGCGUGACGCUAGAGGACGUCAAGUCGGCCGAGCAACAGCUGCUCAAGCGCCAGCAAGAGCUCGAGGACAAAAAGGAGGACAAGCCUCCGCCGCCAACAGUCAUCGGCAUGGCACCCGUCGCCACGACGACCACAACCACCACCACUACCACCACCACCACAACCGAGGAACUCGUGCGGCGGCAUUCCUGGAGAAACAGGGACAAGGAGGAAGAGCCACCUGCAGUCCGAGUAGUGCCCAGCAGUCCCGAAACAACCCCCGUGGUGACCUUCUCCAUGCCCAGGACGCGAAAUCAGAGGGGAGUGACCGCCACCACGGGUUCCGACAUCAGCCACACAGUCACCGUACCCAUCCGACCGCGGGGCAUCGUGGACGACUCUGCAAUCACCACCAGGGAAGCGGGUGAUGGAGAUAAGGACGACACCAAGACCAAUGCGCAGUCGGCGAUUUCAAGGCGAAGGCGACCAAAGCGGAGAUCGACAGGUGUCGUGUACCUCGAAGGGGACAACAUUGGUGGCCAGGAUGCUUCAGCAGACCAGGAAGGAUCAGAUAGGGAUAAACUGAGGAUAGGAGCCAUCAACGACGUCUCCAACAAUGCAGAGAGCACUCCAGACACGGUCCGGGGCCGCAGCGGAUCCGCGGGCUCCCUAGCGGACAGCACCAAGUCCGAGACAGAGUCGCGGCUCAGUAGCAGUGCAGCCAGCCUCCAGGAUGAUGACGAGCUUGACUACAAAAAGCUGUACACCGAACUGAAGGAGGACUACAACAAGCUGAAAGGCAAACUGUCUCGGACGGAAGACGAGCUUGAGACGACGAGACGUCAGCUUGAGAAGGCACAGUUGAACAAUCGGAAUUCACUCAGCGAUGCUGAGAAGAGGGAACGUCGAGCGCUCGAGAGGAAAAUCUCGGAAAUGGAAGAGGAGCUCAAGGUUCUGGCUCAGCUCAAGGCCGAGAACGCCAAGCUCAAGGCUGAAAACCGUGCGCUGACUCGCGUCGUAUCAAACUUGUCCAAAUGAGGAAGCAAUCUGAACAGCUGCGAGCCGAAAACGCCCGACUUCGUGAGGAGAAUGGUGCCUUGAUACGCGUCAUCAGCAAGCUGUCCAAAUAGCCCCCUCCCCUAGCCACCUUUUCCUCUCCCACUCUUCGUCAGAAGCAACGCCAUCCUUCCGCAAGAACUAUCUCGUCUUCGCUUGUCCAUCGAAUCGUGACUCCGCUGCUGCCGGGAACGAAAUGGAAUGCUCAGUGCUUGUUUGUUCUUCACCAGUCGCCAUCGUUUUUGUAGUUUGCCCACUGCUUCAUUGUCGACACUUGACCUCGGCCUCUCUCAGGCUGCUGUCGUGUGUGGAACUUUAGUGAUGCUUCGGAUGUCGGUGCAUCAGCUCUCCACUUAUGACCUGCUUAGUGUUCAAGCAAUUAACCCCUCUUGCAAGCAGUGUUGCCAGAUUUUAGCUGUCUUUAAACUUGCCUAGAUGAAAGUUUUGAGUGUUUUUAAAAAAGCUGGUGGUUAACGUCAUACAUUUGCGAAGGUAUUUUUUAAGGUUAAUUGUGGAUUCUAAGUGGUAUGUUUUUAUGUUCUUUUUUUGGCAGCUGAAUCCUUGGCAAGAAAACUAAUCCUGAUCUAAUAAUAUAUUUUCAUUAUCUUGUGACUGAGUGAUUGAUUGAUUGGCUGCCAUUGAAGCAAACCCAAUUAAUAAAGAAAUCUGAAUAGCAUAAACCGGCAAAUAUCGUUAAGUCAAAUUUCUGCAGCCGCAAUGUCACGUCUGUUGAAAGACCAUAUUGGAAGACUCGGAAUGGCUCCAGUUUUCUAGCAAAAUGGUGUUUUGGUGGGCAUCAACAACAUCAUCAGCAUUUACAAUGAUGCGGAAACCUGCAGGCCUGACACCAUAGUAACAAUAAGAGGUGACGUCAAAAUCCACACCUUAGCAGUUGCUACCUCUAGGUUAGGAGAGAUGGUAAACACUUGAAGCGCUCUGCGAACUCUGUGUUUCAAACACCGCCUAUUAAAAAAGUCGUCGAGGUGCUUUCCAAAGCUAAUAACGAUCAUGACACGAAACUGUUGGGAUAAACUAGACCAAGCAGCAUUCACACAUAAUGCAGCUUGAAAUACCUCGCUCGUAAAGCAGAUGGAGCACUUUGUAAUGCCUUGCGUGAAGCAUCAAGCAGCUUGUAAUGUUGAAUAUUUUUUUGUAAUUCUUUUUUAUGGCGUGCAAGAAGCAUAUAUUUUUUUUAGUAAGGUGAAAUGUUAGCAUCUGUAAUAGCAUGCAGUUUGGAGACAAUCAGCAAUCACUAUAGUCGGAUACAACUUUAGAAGGGAGGAGAGGCCCCGCCCAGACCGAAGCGUGGCAGCCGGUCGCCUCCGCGACUAAAGAAAUAGUCCCCCUCAUGCACGGGCCGAUGUUCUCCGAAGGCGGAGCCACUGGCCGUCCCGCUCAUGACGUCAGUCUCGAGUGUGUGGCCAUUGGUGCAGGCUUGUGUUCAUCCGCCUUUGAGGAGGAAAUGCCGCUGCCUUCUAAAGUUGUAUCCGACUAUAGUUACUCAGUUGCUUAGACAAGAAAGCAUAAAGGAAUGGUGUAGUUACAAUGCUGUUUUAUUUAAGGCGCAUCAGGAAUAGUAAAUGUUAGCUAAACCAAUUUUCUCAGCUCUCUUGAGUUCAUCUUAAUCGCAGUCUACUGUAUAGUAGACGCUGUGGUGAAACCUGUUUGUACAGUUAUAAUUCUGAGGCUGUUUCGCAGCACGACGAACGAUUUGUGAACACGCUUAGUUUAUCAGUGAGCAACCGUAAUUAGAUGAUAAGCAUUUAAGAGCGCAUGUUAACUGUCUUUGACACUACUUCUUUGACUUUGCAGUAUCAUGAAGCAUACUUUGCCCAAUUGAGCCUGUUUCGAGCGAAACGUUUGACAAUAAAUCUGGCAGUGCUGCCUGUGAGUGGGAUUAGCUGUGUUGGCUUGUCUGGCCACUGCCAGACAGAUACUGUGAGGGGAUUGUAUGCGUGUACCCAGUAGAAUGCUGUAUGGUGUUCUUUGUCACACCCGGCUAUCUCUUGUCGCUUUAAGUUGGAAACUGCAUUCAGUGUUUGUAACGAAUGAACCCAGCACUGGCCGGUAGGAACAAAUUGAAAGCCCUGUGAUAACCAAAGCGAGAUUGCAGUUCUGUUUGACACUGAUGUCAGUCAAGUGUUCAUAAUGAAAGUCCUGCAUCGAGGCCUCAUUGGUAGCAACGAGGGGCCCGUUAAUCAUUUCGAGGUGAGAUCGCGUGUGUAUAAAGUUCUAGCUAUAACCCAAGGUCUUAGUUGAACGGCUGGUCAUUGUCACAAUAGCUUUUUAUCCCACCCCUCCCCCGUAUGCCUGCAUUUCUUGACUGCUGUUAAGUAAGUGCUGUAUUUCUUUAACACGGAUUGAUGUGCUUCGUGACUGCUUCCGAUACUAUGGACAGGGCUGAACAGCCAAUACAUGGACCAGACUGGUCACAAAUAUGUUGAUGGGACUGUAGCUUGGCAGCCGCCGGUUUGUUCAAAUGACAAGACCCCCUCGCUGCAAAGGUGUCCUGAUAUGGGUGAAUUAGCCAGAGAAGUUUCAUUGCUUGGGCUGUGCGUGGUAAUUGUUGCACGAGACCUGUUUUACUUUGCGAUAGAAAGCAUGUGCCGUUGUGAUGCCGCUAUUGUGGAGAUGCAAGACGCGUGACCCCAUGGGCAACAGGAACAGAUCUUUUCAGCACACGUGAGUGAUCUUGUUGAGAGAGUGAAGUUUCAUUCUUUUUUUCCCAUGCACGGAACGUUGACGGAAGCACUGUUGAUGAGUUUUUGACAGCCACAACCCUUCGUUUCCUCCUUUUUUUUAGUCUAGUCUGAUGUACAUGGGUUGCUUGUACUCUUGCCCAUCUGUAGCCCAACAGCUUUUAUCCUUAUAGGGGCAUAUGCUUGCUGUUUAGCUCUUGCGAGGCAAACCUUGCUUGCGAGUGGGCCAAUGUCAAGCAGAUUGAAAACGGAAGUGAUGGCGCAAUUAUGCUCGUGCCUGUCAUUGACACUCAUUCUGUCCAGCUAGAAGAGGGAAGCUACAAUCAUAACCAUGGCAGUGUGUAUAAGUUACACUCGCAAACUUUUUGACGUCUUAUGCUUAAUUAAGCGUAGUCAUGUGUAGUAGAGUUCAAACCAGGCCACCACCCUACAGUCAGCAUCUUUUUCCGUUUGCUUGUAUUUUGUGAAUUUGAAACUUCUUGGGGUUUGAAGCUGCUAUUGAAUGGUGACCACGCUCCUUUAUUUGUUCUUCGACCCUACGUGAUAAAGAUAAAUAGUGUCUCUUUGCAGCAUUGCACUUGUCAAAGCUGUCAGUCAAUUUGUCAAAUUCUCGGUAUAACUGCACAGUCUGCUUGAGUGUGCUGCCACAUCCAUUCUCUGGUGGUAUAUUUUCAUUCUUAUGCUUGGUGUAACUUUGUAAUUCGUCUCGAAGUUGUGCCACUUCCCAGUUGAGAAGUUUUACAAGAUGGGGUUGUGCAAAUGUGUGCCUUUAUUUUUUACUGCUGUAUGUACACCAAGCUUCGCUGAUUUUUAUGGCAUGAGCUACUUUAAAUUGAUAUUUGUGUUUCACGUGGGAGUUCUCCAAAAAUUCUUGCUUCGAACUAAAGCAUUUCAUUUGUUUAGCCUUAUUUGCACGAGAAAAUGCUUGUGCACCUCUAGGUAAUUCAAAUGUAGCCCAAAUAUUUGCUGUUUUUUGCAAACUCCGAUAAAAUGAGCUUAUCUGUGACACGAAGAUUAGGAAGCAGUGAUGAGGCAUUUUGUUUUCACGAGUUAAUGAGAAGCCCAAUUUUAAAGCUUUAGCAUGUGUGAAAAGAGUGUGGAAGCUUCUUGACACUUUUCUGGCUGCUCUUGUAUGAUCAGUGUGUGCUUAUCACGUGCUAAAAAUCUGUAUCACUGAGAAAUAGUUGGUGCUGAAAUUUAAGGUCGUGACCUGGUGAGUUAAUGAAGCACUGUUGCUUGGUCAGAUUGCUUUGUCUUAGUAUUCACCACAGUUGCUAAUUAGGACAACUCGACCACAUUUCCGGAUACCUAAACUGUGAACGAGAAGCUCUAAGUUGUCGUGAGCAAUCAUUUGCAAUCUGUGAGACCCAACCCCCCCAGUGCCAUGAAAUGUUUGUUCCUAAACGAGCUGUUAGAGAAAACAGCCUAGACGACAUAUGCGACCUUUUCCUUCCAUCAUUUCUUGGGCCUGUUGCUUUAUUUGUGCAAGACUAGAUGUUGUGCACUUUUAGAAGAAAUGCAUACAAAAGUGCUACGCGGUUGUGUAUCACUGUAGUUGUUUUAAGCACCCGCAUCCGUUGGGUGACAGCCAAGAACAAAACACCACUCACGGCAAGAUUACAUUAAGAAAUCGCCAGCAGUCUUUCCCAACCUUACACAUGUGUGCUCUCUCUCCAUUCUGUACAUAUCUUUCCUGCCUGGCCAGCAUUUCAGUAUCCCGCACGUUGCAUCAUGUCGUGUCGUGACGUGCUGCGCACUAUGGUGCCUUGGACCUUACAGAGCCGAUCGGGCAUUAUAGCCCGUUUUUACUUAAAGAUGUCUUUUUUGGAUGAUGCAUAACUUUACCGAAGAAGUUUCGUGUAACUCAUAGUACAACCGAAGUGUCGCAUUUUACAAAAAGUCACGACUGUGGUAGUUGACAAAGCUGUUUUUUUUUAUCAUGCAUUCACCAACCGGUGACUGCUUUGCCUGCCGCAAUGUUGUUUGUUCCGAUUGCAAAGAAUAUGUGUGUAUGUGUGCGCGUGGGAUGCUGUGGUUUGUUAAACUGGCUAAGCGCCGCUCAGGCGAGGUGAAGAAAACCGCAGACUUCUCCACAUUCUAGAAGAACGGGACAGUGAAGCACUUUUCCAAUGUGGACGUUAAUAUAUUUAUUUAUGAAGCGCCUGCACACGUGGACUGCAGUGUUUUACCUAUGAUGUGUUUUUCGUUCAGUUUAUUAUCCCACCUACCCCCUUCUCCCAUUCCCUGUCGCUUGAUAUCUUCCCUGGACAGAACGAUCUUCGCUGUGCCUGUGUUGUACGAAGUGUUUUAUUGAAGUCGUGGGCACUCAUUCCUGCGAAGGAAUUUCAGUGUCACCUCUCAGAUGAGUGUUUGUAAUAAAAGUUUUUUUUUU